AUGAAUGAGACUGCUUUAUUGAAAGAGUCACCAUGACAAUUCCACUUCUGAUGUUUGUUUUGCUGACUCUACCCUGCUACAAUGCUCAUGGGCAAGUCAAUCCUUUAGGAGUUCCAGUCUCUGCCCAUGCUGGGAAGUUCUACGACACGUCUCCCAGAGAUCACCUCUGCAGCAAGAGGAAAUAUGACAUUCUAGAUUACACUUGCUGUGAGAAAGUACUACAUGAAGGGGUGGGGUUGUCCUGCUGUGGAAACAGGGCCUUCAACCUCAUCCAGGCUUCCUGUUGUAAAGGUCAGCUGACUCUUAAUGUGAGCCAGCUGGUGUCAGAUUGCUGUGGGUGUCAGGCCUAUGACCCACUCAACCAACUGUGCUGUGACUCUCAGAUCCUAACCAGGACCCAACCCCAUUCCAAGUGUUGUGGAAAAGACCUUUAUGACGAAGACCACCAGCUUUGCUGUGGAAAUGGCCAAGGAAGGAAGGUCCUGGCCAAAAUGUCUGGUCACCACCGGUGCUGUGGACACCACCAGUUUGACCAGCGAAGCCACUGCUGCUGCUUCGAUUCUGAACCACUCUCUCCAGAGCCUCUCAAUGCAAGCUGCUGUGCAUCAUCAGGGUCGAACGUUUUUCAGCACAGGGCAAUUGCGCCGAAUCCUCCAAACUGUAUGCCUGGGGAGAAGCCUUAUGGUCUAGGUGCAUGUUUCAACCCAACAACAGAGCGUUGCUGUGUGAACCCUAGCUCUCACCAGGGUCAAAGCUACUCUCAUGACCAGGCCCGCUUUGAUGGUACACUCAGCCACACCCCAUGUGUCUACAAAGGUGCUAGCUGUGUCUGUUACAAUCCAGACAUCAACAUCUGCUGUGCCGGGAAGCUGUCCAGAAGGGUGUUUGGGAAAAACCUGUGCUGCGGUACAACUCCGUAUGGUGUAGAGGACCGAGGGGUGCUGUGCUGUAACCAGACCUUGCACCGUGCGGUGGAGGAUGGGUACCAGUGCUCCCCAGGUGGCCACUUGUAUCUGCUAUCCCGUGACAUGGUGUGUGGCACACGAGUUCAUCUGAACGAUCCAGGCAAACACUGCUGUGGGGAGGAGACAUACUACCCUUGGAAUGAAAUCUGCUGCAACGGACACAAACACAACAGGUUGGGAAACAUGUCCUGCUGUGGAGGGAAGGUGUACAACCCCAGCAGCGGCCAGAUGAAGUGCUGUGCAGGGACUCUGUACGACCUGCAGGUUCAGGGCAGGCUCACAGAAAAUACCCAGUGCUGUGGGAGUGUUCUGAUGGAGGCCGGCUCCACCCAGACCUGCUGUUCUGCCCCAGGGCUAGACCUGCUCUAUCCUACCCAGCCAGGGUUCACCUGCUGUGGGCACCGCUACCCCAAUGCCUCCCUGUGGUCUUGCUGCGCCGGGGUUCUGCACCCAAGGCCUGAACCACACACCACCACCAAGAACGUGAUUCCAGGACCCAGACUUCUACCACUGGGGGAUCUGAAGACUGAAGUCCUGUGUCACAGCAGAGGUCUGCUGGGGACAGUGGAGAGUGUGUCCGUGAAGAUGAACGAGCGGUCCAUCGGGAUGGUAAACGCCUUGUCUUUGCUUGCCUCGCAUGGCCAUUUCAAAGCCAUGGCUUCCCCUCACUACCUCACAUUACCCGACCACUGCAGCUCCCCUGAACUAGUGCCGGGCAACACUUACAUCUGGGUGAAAAAUCCUUUCUCCGACACCAUAAGUUUCAUCUCUGAUCUCAGCGAUCAUUCCUCCCCUCUUCAUUCCAUCCUUUCCAGGUGCUCAACCUUUAUCCAGCCUAGAAGAAAGAGAAGGCGAACCAUCUCAACAGAAAAUGAAUUCUGGGUUUUGACAUAGGCUAUUGUACAGAAAUCUGUUAUGUUAUCUGACGAUAAGCUUAAAACGAGCAUCUUUAUGAUCUCUAGUGAGCCAUAUCUCAGGAUAAGUUAUAUUUUGUCUGUCUGGGUAGUGGUUUUCUGUAAUAUUAUCACAAAAGAAUGACUACAUGAUUUGUUGCAAUCUGUAAUUGGUGCAUCCAUUUUUGGACUUGUAAAUGAAUUAUAUCUACAUAUUGUUUAUUAAAAAAUUGUUCAAAUGUCGUACAUCGUCAGAACCCAAAAUAGGCUUGUUUUACUAUGUAAACAAUGUAUACUGAACAAAAAUAUAAACAACCAUUUCAAAGAUGUUACAUUGCAUCAGUUAAUUUCAUUAAAUUAUUUAGAUCUUUCGUUAGGAUUUCACAAUACAGGGAAUAAAGAUAUGCAUCUGUUGGU